AUGGGGUCUGUUGAAGAGAAAAUCAAAACAGCAGGGCUUGCUAAUGGAACUCAAACAAAUCUUCUUGAGGAAAUGAAGUUGUUGAAAGAAUUUCAAGAUCAGUCUGGUAUAAGGAAGGCAAUAAACUCGGAGCUGUGGUACGCUUGUGCAGGCCCACUAGUUUCCUUGCCUCAGGUUGGAAGUCUGGUGUAUUAUUUCCCUCAAGGGCACAGUGAGCAGGUUGCAGUUUCCACUAAAAGAUCAGCUACUUCACAGAUCCCCAACUACCCAAAUCUCCCUUCUCAGUUAUUGUGCCAAGUGCACAAUGUUACUCAACAUGCAGACAAAGAUACUGAUGAAAUCUAUGCUCAAAUGAGUCUUCAACCAGUGAACUCUGAAAAAGAUGUUUUCCCUAUACCAGAUUUUGGGCUAAAGCCCAGCAAGCAUCCAAGUGAAUUUUUCUGCAAAACUUUGACUGCUAGUGAUACAAGCACACAUGGUGGCUUCUCAGUGCCACGCAGGGCAGCAGAAAAGCUCUUCCCUCCAUUGGAUUACACAAUGCAACCACCAACUCAGGAGCUUGUUGUCAGGGACUUGCAUGAUCAUACCUGGACAUUUCGCCAUAUAUACCGUGGGCAGCCAAAGCGACAUCUUCUUACAACUGGGUGGAGUUUAUUUGUGGGUUCCAAAAGACUUAAAGCAGGUGAUUCUGUUCUGUUUAUCAGGGAUGAAAAGUCACAGUUAAUGGUGGGUGUGAGGCGUGCAAACCGUCAACAAACAACAUUACCAUCAUCAGUUCUAUCUGCUGAUAGCAUGCACAUUGGUGUCCUUGCUGCUGCAGCUCAUGCUGCUGCCAAUCGAAGCCCAUUCACCAUUUUUUACAAUCCAAGGGCAUGCCCUUCAGACUUUGUCAUUCCUUUGAUUAAAUUCCGGAAAGCUGUAUUUGGGACUCAAGUCUCUGUCGGUAUGAGGUUUGGAAUGAUGUUUGAGACAGAAGAGUCAGGAAAACGCAGAUAUAUGGGCACAAUAGUUGGUAUUAGCGACUUAGAUCCACUGAGGUGGCCUGGUUCCAAGUGGCGGAAUCUUCAGGUAGAGUGGGAUGAACCAGGAUGUUCUGAUAAGCAGAUCCGGGUUAGUUCAUGGGAAAUUGAGACUCCAGAAAGUCUCUUUAUUUUUCCUUCUCUGACUUCAGGUCUCAAACGACCCUUGCAGUCUGGUUUCUUAGGAGAUACUGAAUGGGGGGUUUGGUAA